AUGAGUGAGUCCGUCGAGAUGGAGCUGCUGAUAAAUUGCACCCAGGCGACCAUUCAGCGGUUUCCCUGGUCAACGGACUACAAUACGACCGUGAUCAGCGAGCUGAAUCGAACGGAAAUCCUCGACGUGCUGGGCGAGAUGAUUACCAAAAGUCGUGGCUACGUGCCGAAGUCGGGCGAUCUGCUGACGCUCAGGGAGUUCAUCACGGAGUGUCUGUUCCCGACCACCAAAAGCCCGUACGAGCUGCCCUGGCAGCUGAAGACCGCCUGGGGCGUGGUGUUUGGCGCGAUGCUGCUGGUGGCCAUCACCGGCAACUGUAUCGUCCUGUGGAUCGUGCUCGCCCACCGGCGAAUGCGAACCGUGACGAACUACUUCCUGCUGAACCUGAGCGUGGCCGAUCUGCUGAUGUCGUCGCUGAACUGCUCGUUUAACUUCAUCUUCAUGCUCAACUCGGACUGGCCGUUCGGUUCGGUGUACUGCACGAUAAACAACUUCAUGGCGAACAUGUCGGUCGCCUCGUCCGUGUUCACGCUCGUCGCCAUAUCGUUCGAUCGGUACAUUGCGAUCGUGCAUCCCCUGCGGCACCGGACGUCGCGCAAGAAGGCCCGGAUCUUCCUUUUAAUCAUCUGGGCGUUGAGUUGCGUGCUCGCUGCACCGUGCCUGAUGUACUCGACUGUCAUGACGAAGCGAUACAACAAUGGCAAAACACGCACCGUAUGCUACAUGCUGUGGCCCGACGGACGCUACCCGACGUCGAUGGCAGAUUACAUCUACAACCUGGUGUUCCUGAUACUCACCUACGGCAUUCCGAUGCUGAUCAUGAUCGUGUGCUACUCGCUGAUGGGCCGGGAGCUGUGGGGCAGCCGUUCGAUCGGGGAGCACACCGAGCGCCAGCUGGAAUCGAUGAAAUCGAAAAAGAAGGUUGUGAGGAUGUUCAUCAUCGUGGUGACGAUAUUCGCCAUCUGCUGGCUGCCAUACCAUCUGUUCUUCGUCUACGCGUACCACAACAACCAGAUGACGUCCUCGAGCUACGUGCAGCAGCUCUACCUGGGCUUCUACUGGCUCGCGAUGUCGAACGCGAUGGUCAAUCCCAUCAUCUACUACUGGAUGAACGGCCGCUUCCGGGUGUACUUCCAGGAGAUCAUCUGCUUCUGCUGCCUGCAGUUCAUUAACUCGCGGAUGCGGGACGGCGUUCCGAAGGGCGUGCUGCUCAACAAGAAUUCCAACAACUCCGAGCUUGGCCGGUACCGGUCCUAUCGACAGCGAUCCGUCUCGGUGCGAUGGCGCCCGCCGAGCACGGAGGAGUACCGGAUGCGCACCGGAAUGCCCCGUCCGGUGCACCUGAGCGUGAACGUGAUAGACAAUGCGGCCAACGGGGCGGGCCCGGCGGACAAGCAGCCGGCGGUGGCCGAUAUCGCCGAGCUGCAGACCAUCAACUUCCUGCACCUGAGCCACAACUCGAACGAGCUGAAGCACAGCUCCUCCAACAGCCACGAGUUCUCCUGACAUCCGCAGUACGAUUAAGCCACCGAGACCGGCGUCUGAGUCGGUGGCGGAACCGAUGCGGAACGGCCGGUCCGGGAAGCUGGCCGCCCCCAAAUAAGCCUCCGGAGAGCUGUCCUAGCGCCGGGCAGACAGAGAUUUGUGCACUCUUCCACUCCGAGGGAAAGCGGUGAAACUCGACCGGUUCGACUCCUUCGCACUGCGUCCGGCAAAUCAGGCCGACAUUCGACGACAUUCUGCUCGACAGCUAAAGCAAACACGGGCGGUUGCUACCCGGAAGGAUCAGUUUCUAGCGUAAAAGAUGAGAUUAGACGGAGGAACGGAAACGGCGAGUGAAUUAGGAGACCAUAUUUAACGUACAUAUUUGAACGUGAUUUCAUGUUGCUGGUGCUUCUACUAAAUGGAGGAAAGGAUAACAGAGGCGACGGAGUUAGACGGAGAAGAAAAACCUACACUAGAAAGAAAACCCCAAGCCCCCAAUUUAGAUCAUGUUGAUCGAUUCUGUUUGCCAGAGUUUAUAGAGAAUUAAAGGAAGAAUAAAACGAAUAACUAUUUAAACCAGAGACAGUUUAUUUAGUAACGCUAUCCCUAGAGAGUUCCCUGUGGUCGGGUCCUGAGAUAAAACUAUCGGAACACUAGUGUGGCACGGUAUCCACGAAUUAAGGCUCAAGGAAAAGGUACAAAGUGCAACGGGACGAAUUUCAGAUGAUGAUGAUGUCUAGAAACGACGAAGUGGAAGCCAAGGAAGUUUAAACUAUGAGAAUAUUCUUGAAAUACAGAAG